CCUUCUUUGUCUCUACUUCUUUUUCUGCAUAUUCUCUUAUAUAUUCUGUCUAUAUAUUCAUAAACCCUUCAAAGUUUUGCAGCACAAAAGAGGAGAAUGAGAAUCACUAAACUAGCCAAACAAGUUUUGCUACUUUUGGCCUUAACCUUUUCUAUUCAAGUAAUACAAGGUAUUAGAACAGAAGAUUUGGUGUCUAAGAAAUCCAUUCAAAUCUUUACAGAACAAAGAUUAAAGGGUAGUAGCAGCAAUGUGGCAAUGAGAAUGAGGAAUUCUAGGAGAUUGAUGAUUGGAUCCAUAACACCAACCUGCACUUACAAUGAAUGUAGAGGAUGUAAGUACAAGUGUAUGGCUGAGCAGGUGCCUGUAGUGGGAAAUGAUCCAGUCAAUAGUCCAUAUCACUACAGAUGUGUUUGUCAUAGAGGAUAGUUUCUGUAGUGCUGACACUUCAGAUUGUAACCUUGUUUGUGUAUCCGACCUUUGUCUUCGGUCGACAUUGUUAUGAACAUUAUACUUGGUGGUUACAUACAAUCACUUUUUUCUCAAAUAAUUACCAGUAUCUUAUGAGUUUGCCUGUGUCGUAUCCGAUGUCUGUAUCUCUGUGUUAUUAAUUCAUAGAAGAUUAAUUCAUAGAAGAUAGCAAUAGAUAGGCUAUAGGACAGUGUAAUCUUUGGUUAA